ACCACUUUCUGCCGCGCGCCGGAUGCACACUGCCGACGGCAACCGCGCCCCCCUCCCGAACGCCCCACCCGAGCGCCGCCCUGCCCCGAGCACCACCUUUCCUACCUCCCCCGUUUCGGCCAUCCCAGGAUCCGCCGGAUCCAGCUCUAUCUCCGGCGUCACCGCCGCCUCCCCCGACCACCGUUCCAACUGGGGUCGUGGACUCCCUGCAUCGCCACCCUUCCUCACCCAGGUGGACACCACCGCGACCUCUCCUGGUGCCGGAUCCAGUCGGAUCCGCCUCCAAAGGCGUCAUCCCGCGCGCGGCCGUGGCCGGACCAGCUCCCCGUCCCGCCUCCUCUCCUGGAUGCCACCGUUGCGGAAGCAGCACCUCCCCCUCCACUUCCGUCAACGGCCAGAGGCGGAGGUACUCCUCUACGCCGUUCUGGUUCGGCGGGUCCUCACCUCCCUACGCCGCUCCGGCGCCAGAUCUGGGCCCUCCGGCCCCUACCUCGCCACCACCUACCUCGACGGUGCCCCACAUGGGUGCAGUUCGCCCCGCUUCUCGUCGGGGUUCGGUUGCCCCGAUGCUGCAGUGCGCCUGGAGGUUUCCUCCUACCCCAUCCCGCCCCGCCCAUUCUACUCCCGCCCCAUCCGGGGUGAGGUCGCUAUGCUCGUCAUGGUGAGGAGGGGCGGUGGAGGUUAGGACACACCGGAUCAGGGCGCCCAACCACCAGAUCUCAUUGAGGCAUGGAACACGAGAUUUGCGAUGAUGUUUACCAUCAAGUGCAGGGAGCAGGGCGAGGGAGGCCACGACGACCAUGGCUGGGAUCCCUCUGCCACAGCUGUGCCAGGGGACGGAUCUGUGUUCUGUCACCCGCCGCUGACAAAAUCCACCCCCGGCGGUGACUACACGCGCCGACGUUGGGGAGGCUCUGCUCCUCGGGCUAGCAGCUACAACAGGGAGGUGCUCUGCUUCUCCACCAACGAGCCAGCAGACUACAGAUGACUCCCAGGCAGUUCGGUGGCCUCGUGCUUCAGUCCGUUUCAUUCCAAAAAACUGGAAAAGUU